CUUUACACUCCCCUGCAGUUGGAAGCCAAUUCACUCCGUUUGCGGUAUAUUUACAAAAGACAGUUCCAGGCUUUAGUUUGGUACGAGUGUUGAGAUGAAUGACAUGGAAGACGACGUUGAGAUCUCCUUUCCAGUAAAGUUUCUCGGUCGAGUAGAGGUGGUCCGCCCCGAUGGAAUACAGAUCCUGGACGAAGCCGCUCAGAACCUCAAGACUUCAGAUGAAUUCUCCUCUGAGAAAGCUGCAAAGAAGAGCAAAGUCCAUCUCUUCCUGUCUCUGAGUGGGAUAGACAUUUUGGAAAACAAAACCAAGUUCCUAUUGUACUCGUGCAACCUCUCUACUAUUUCCUUCUGUGCUGUCCAUCCUUCUUCACCCAAAGUUUUUGGGUUUGUGGCCAAGCACCCUGCAGCGGAUACGUACCACUGUUAUCUCUUUCAGAGCGCAAAGUUUUCUCACGUGCUGGUCUCAGUUAUUGGGGACGCCUUUCGAGUUUCAAAGAAGGAGGAGACACCCAGAGUAGGACGAGACAUAAAAGUGGAGGCACUCCAACAUAAGAAUAAAAUGCUGCAAAGAGAGAAUGAUAAGCUGAAGAGGAGGCUUGCAGGAGAAACUGAUGACUGAUGAUUGCAUACAAUGUUGCUGUUGUGGGUACAUAUAAAUACACAACGAGCGUGAGAGACUGCUUCCUUUUAAAUUUUACAUGAUGCUGAAAUAAAUAUGUCUGUAAUUUUCUUUUCAGCGUCGAAUCCAUUUUAGCUGCUUUACCCAAAUCCUUCUACUAGAUGGCAGCAGCGAGUUGUCAUUCUCACUGUUUGGCAAGUCUCUGGAUGCGUUCAAGUGUUUUAAAAAGAUAAGAAAUAUUGCACUUAAUUGUUUCACUUACAGUUAAAAAUAAAAAACAAACAAACAAACAAAUGCUUUAACAUCACUCAGAACACUUUGAAAUGUUUGAUGAAGUCUGUAAUU